GCGUAGUAGUGGCUGAGCCCAAAUAGUACAAGCCAGAGAGACACGGACUAACGGACGCAUUCAUUGCGACAAGGUGACCAGGGAGUGACUUAGCUGAAAGGGGAAAAAUGGAGAAAUCGGCGGCCACCAUGGGCCCAACUUUCGCCGAUUACGGCGACCACGGAGGGGUAUACUCCAGCAUGCGAGGGCUAGAUUAUGUGGGGAACAUGUCCCAGGGUUUGUAUCACGGAAAGCAUUACGCGACCCUAGAGUCGCACGGACCUCAAACUCAGGCGGCGUGUUUCCCGCAUCUAACUGAUCAUAGUGGGCAGAGAAUCCAUGAUUUAAAUCCCACGAGCUGUGCUCUGAAUUAUAUAUACGGUGGUGCAUCGUACGCCUAUGGGGGUAGCGAAGCAAACCAUUACCCAUCACAAACGGGGACAAACGCAUCAGACAGUAACACUAGCGGUCCCGAUUUUGCUCCUCAUAUCCAACGGCAUGUGAGGACAACAUCAACGCCCAGCGCACAUUACAACGGCAACUACAGCGAGAACGCGACAAGUCUUAACACCACACCGACUAGGAGCUCUCGGCUGGAUCAGAGCAACGAUUCACGGCCAGUCACCAGUGAGUCAGACCGGCAAACUACGGCAGCCACGGCACCUUCUGACCAGCCAGCUAAUGGGGAGACGGGCAUGUACAACUGGAUGAAAAUCAAGAGAAAACCGCCUAAAACAGUUAAGACGACGGAGUUCAACAGCGCGUCGGGCCAGCAGUCGCCGAGUGCUGGCGGCGGGAGUGUCAGCAGCCUAGGAGGCGGUGCCAACAACGGCCGGACCAACUUCACCAACAAGCAGCUGACGGAACUGGAGAAGGAAUUCCACUUCAACAAGUACCUGACGCGGGCCCGGCGGGUGGAAAUCGCCGCUAUGCUGGGACUAAAUGAGACCCAGGUCAAGAUUUGGUUCCAGAACCGACGGAUGAAGGAGAAGAAGAAGAUGAAGGAGUGCAUCCCGGGCCCCGUCCCCUCCUUCCAUUCCUCUCUCUCCCAUCACCAUCAUCAUUCGCAUCACCAUCAACAACAACAACAACAACAGCAACAGCAACAACAACAACAGCACAGCGUGCAUUCGUCUGUACCGGGUGCGACACCCGUGACAGCAAUACCAGACUGUGAACACAAAUCACCGCCCGUCUACAACGGCCACAAUCACAACGGUGCCGCGGUGGCCGUCAAUUCAUCAGGGAGUUAGUUUGGCAACAGUUUCAAUAUUCUUUCUUUUUUUUUCUAUUUAUUUCAAUUUUUAUUUUCCAAUCGGUCGGACGAAGUGCCUGGAGCCCCGAUUCGGCGUGAAAGGCAUGUAAAGCAAAGGGACAAGUCUUUUCAUGUAAAGUGCAGAGGCAAUCCGCGUCAGCCGCUCAGAGAGAUUGUGCCGCCGCCGCGCCGUUGCGGCAAUUCAGAUCCCAUUUUACUUUCAUGUCGAGUUCUGUCUCGAUAGUUGAAGGGGAAGCCAGCCCGUUGGCCCCGGUACCGUCUAGUGCAAAAAAAAAACUACAACAAAAAAAUCAAGUUAUUACCUUAUGUAUUGGAGUCAAAGGGGCAAAAUUGAGCCCCUGGGGCCAUUCCCCUGGCAAGGGCACGUAUGAUUCGGGCUUUUCAAAAUCACGAACCAUGGACACGAAGUCGAUUUGGCUGAACAAAAAGCCGCGGUGAGACCACAAAGAGCGCUAAAUAGGUUCUCAUACGUCUCCAACUGGAGGGUUUUGUCUUGCUGAGAAUGAUAUGCCUGAAUAUAUACACCUGCUUCAAUUCAGCUAGGGACUCGUCGCCUGUACACCCAGGCGCCGAGCGUACAAAGGACUCCAUGUUGACGGGAAUUCUCUCUUUUUUCCCAGAUCGUGUUGUUUGUUGGUUUGAAGAGAUGAAACACGGGUGUUUGGGGUCUCAGAUCGGCCGCCCUGAUCCACCGCGCUGACUGCCACACGAGAGAGAGAGAGACAGAAUUUGAGUCCGAGAUUUGACUCGUAAGCCCCGCUUGUCAUGCUGCUCAGAUCCUCUCAGUGCGGGAUUAAUAAUCCCCAGAUAUAUGCCUGUAGGUUUUUUUGGCGCGUUACUUAGCGCAGACAAAUUGAACAUGAAAGCAGCUUAAUAUGCUAGCCGUACGUGUAAUAUUCGGUCUGUCGGGUUUCUCAGUAGUUGCCAUAAUGGGAUAAAUUAAAAGAUAAUACUGUUGCAUUUUUUGUCGCAUGCCUGGUCUGGCCGGUGAUGCAUGCGAGCAGCGAAUCUUGCCGCUAGCCGCAGAAAUCAAACUGGCCAAAAAGGGCAAAUAAAACGCAUUAUUAUUCCUGGAUAAUCGAGCAUGAAUCACAAUUGUGAGUGUCUCACCGCGUCCAACAUUGAUGCUCGCCCAUCAAUCGACCCGUUUGAUCUAUUGAACUAUUCUCGUUCAGAUUUAAUAGAUAUGUGGUGAUCACUAAAAUAUUGCUUUUAAUUUCCACGAUGUCAUUUGCGAGGCAAGGUUUUAACAACAAAAAUCGCAUAAUCCUGUAGGAUUUUUGCGACGCGUGGAUUGAGUACCAGUACAGAUUCUUUUCCUAGGCGUUGACGGCAAAAGGCGCCCUCAUAGUCAGGGGGUUAGAGUGGCCCCUUUUCCCCAACGAACCGUAUACAUUUUACCGUUAGACUGGCACAGUUUUGUCCAAAAACAAGCAAACAAAGACCUAUCGUAAAUUUCUGUCUUAGUACACAAAUAUCAUGCAAAUUGCAGAUGCUGGUUAUCAAACUUUACAUACAAAGAAACAUAUCAAAUUUAUGUCCUUGUUUGGACGAUUUAGACACCACAAAAGAACGUAAUGGCCAUAUUUGAUGUUUAUAUGUAACACGUCUCUCCGCUAUGUUCGGAUGCAACCUAUGUUCCGUAAACAUGCUGCUGCCCUCUAUUGGCCUGACAAACUUGUCUGAAUCAUUUUGUAUUUCACGUCGCAGCUUACUAAUAAGUGACGUGUAAACCGAGUGCAUUUGAAGUUGGACAAUAGAAAGAUUUGGUUGCAAUCUUAACAUUAAUAUGAUGUAUUGUACACCUGCAUUAAUUGCACCUCGACAUAUCCCACAGCAAACAGAAAAGACACGUCACUUCCAGAUUUUUCUUCGGUUUCCUUUUCCAAACGAGUGGGACCAAAAAAAAAAGGCUUAAGCGUGUCUUGUGUUAAUUUGUAUUUCAUUUUUAAACAUAAGACCAGUGUUUAUUUGCGAACCCUGAUGGUAUUUGGAUUUACGUUAUUGCCUUAAACUUCCAAAUGGUUGAGAUUUUAGAGAAGAAAAUUAGCGAGAUUCGAAUCUACGAUCUCUUGAAUACUGGUGUCAAUAUUUCAAUGUAACGUAUUUGAUGAAUGUGUUUAAUUCAUUCACUGUGGGUCCGAUGUUAUUUACAAAGUAAUUAGUAAAUUGAACCGAAGGAAAUUCAUUUGCUGUAAAUGAAUAUCAUAGGUGCCAGAUUAAUAUAUAUUUUGCAGUGUGUUUGAAUUUGCGGAUGGCACCAGAUAAUAAAUGUAUGUGGUGAUGUAGCGCCCCAGCUACAUCAUCGUCCCAACUAUAGUUCGGACUGUCCCAACUAUAGUUCGGACUGUCCCAACUGUAGUUGGGACUGUCCCAACUGUAGUUGGGACUGUCCCAACUGUAGUUGGGACAGUCCGAACUAUAGUUGGGAGAGUCCCAACUAUAGGUGGGGUCGCUGCUAUUGUUGAUCAUCUGGUAAUUCUCAAGGUAAACAAAUUAAUGUUUACUUUUUCUCAAUCUCGGAUUACGUGUAAAAGUAUCUGUCGUCGGCUCUGUUUUUUUCAAGUUGUAUCCGAAGUUCAUAUCGGGGCAUUUCCUCUCUCAUUAUCCCAUUUCUCAUAACUUUUUCAUGCCUCUUUAAUCUGCCAUUCGCUCUUUUCACACUUCCGCCAUGGACAUGCAGAGCCUCGAUCUUGAAACUGUACACAACAAAUAUAGCCGGUUCGGUGAUUCCCGUGUCGGGGUUCAGAUCACUGAAACGGCUAUUUUUAAAAAGUUGCCAGAUCGAGGCUGUGCAUGCCCAAUGGCGGAGUGUGAAAAGAGCGAAUUGGAAAGAACAGUAGGCGUAGUGAAGAAAACUUAGUGUAUCCAUAACAAGAUUUCACUACACUGAAAACU